AUGUCAUCCUUGUUUGACUUUGACUUUACCAAGAUGGAAGAGGUCCAAAACUGGACGGGAAUAACUCCAACUUUGGAAGAUAUUGAAGCCGCCGCCGCCUUCUUUUCCAAUAAUAACGACACGCAAACUGAAAACGUCUCCUCUUCCUCCCCUACACAAAUAACAACUAAUCAGGGGACAAAGGAAAAUCAUGAAUUUGUAAUGUCAGUAGAGAAUAACGAUUUAAUGGAGAUAUUACUUACACAAAAGUUCCUUGAUGGAGAUUCCUCUAUCAGGACGGAAACAAAUAGUCAAGGAGUAAAGGGAAUUCAGGAAUCA